AUGGAGGACGGGCUCCUGGGCGCCAUACCCGACCCCGACGACGAGCUGGGUGCCGAGCUGUUCGGGCCGGAGCGCGCAUUCGCGGACGGCCCGGCGCUGAGCCCCACGGCGGGCCCCGCGGAGCUGGACGAGCUGCCGGUGCUGGCCGACGCCUACCUGGGCGCCGUGGAGCCCGCCGAGCCGCUACUGCGCGCGUUCAUCCCGCCGCCGGGCGCCGAGGAGCCGGCCGCGCUGCUCGGGGACUUCGCGGAGCUGACGGAGCUCCGCGGCCACGACGACGCUGCGCCGGCCUACAGCGUGCACGUGCUGUCGUCGCUGCUGCCCCUGGGCGCCGGAGUGCGUGUCAUCCCAGUUGAAAUAAAGGAAGCAGACGGGACUGUGUCAGGCAGCAAUCCCGAGGAGGCAGCUUUCCAGAACCCUUUGGCUCAGGAAUCCUACUGCAAGUUCCCAUCGUCCCAAGAGGCACAGGAGGCCUCCAGCUGCUCUUGGAAGAAGGACUCCAGCCCCAUGGUGAUCUGUCAGCUGAAGGGAGGUACACAGAUGUUGUGCAUAGACAACUGUGGCACGAAAGAGCUCAAAGCCCUCCAUCUAGUUCCUCAGUAUGAUGACCAGAGCAACUUCCCACAGUCAGAUGUCCCUAAAUCAAUGACGACUUUAGUAGGAACAUUUUUGCCAGUACCAGCAAAAUUAAAUCUCUAUACACAAGUUGAUAAUGGUGCCCUCCAGUCAGCUGUUGGCGGUCCUGCCUUGACCUUAGGAUCAGGUCUGCAGGGACCACCCAAGGUAGCUUUGGCUGGGUACUGUGACUGCUUCACCGGCGGGGACUUCUACAACAGCUGCAAGUGCAACAACUGCUGCAACAACCUGCGUCAAGAGACGGAGCGCUUCAGGGCCAUCAAGGUACGUCUUGAUAGAAAUCCUGAAGCUUUCCAACCCCAAACUGGGAAAGGCCAGCGGGGAGAUGUUAAGCUGAGAUAUAACAAAGGAUGCAGCUGUAAGCGAUCAGGCUGCCUCAAGAACUACUGCGAGUGCUAUGAGGCCAAAAUUAUGUGUUCUUCUAUGUGCAAAUGCGUUGGCUGCAAAAACUACGAAGAAAGCCCAGAACGAAAAACACUUAGGAGCAUGCCACACUACAUGGAGGCUGGAGACAUUGAAGGCAGCCAGCAUCUGUCACCAGUCCAGCUCUCAGGGUAUCCAAAACUUAGAAAAGAUGGGCAGCCCUCCUCCUGCAUCUCCUGGGAGGUGGUGGAGGCCACCUGCUCCUGCCUGCUGGCCCAGGGUGAGGUGGCCGAGCAGGAGUGCUGCCCCCCAUGCCUGGCUGAGCAGUUGAUCCUGGAGGAGUUUGGAAGGUGCCUGUCACAGAUCCUCCACGUCGAGUUCAAGUCCAAGGGGCUGAAAAUCGAGUAGUGCUCGACCUGGGAGUUGCUUGCCCUGAGCCUGGACCUUGGACUUGGGAAGGGACUGAGCCUGGGAAGGUGGUUCAGGGAGGAGUGCCCAGGUCUGCAGCUCAGGCUCAAGUGCUCCCUCUGUGUGGGCCUGGCCAGAGCUCCCCUGCCACCUGGCUCUGACCUGAGCCAGAGGAGAGAGCUUGCGUUCCCAUCAUUCCAGGAGGGGGGCCUCUCAGGGACGGGAUCACCUCCAAGAAGUUUCCUGCCCACUCUUCCCUUGGGAAUGGCCCCAUGGGACUCCCUGCCCUGCUUAAGAAACCAAGAUGGCUUUUUGCUGUUUUCAUGUUUGUAUCUCACAUUAUUUAGAAGUAGAUUGUCCCCCACCCUGGGGUGGUUAUCUCUAGGGAACUACUGAGCCCUCAGAGACUUCCUGCCUGCCUCAAGGCCACUCAAGUCACAGGGCCUGUCAUCUCCCCAGGGUCACUGGCAGGCAGGCAAUGGGCAUCUUACAGGCCAGGACUGUGGCCAGAGGGCAGGUCGGGUCUUCAGAUUCUAUCUAGUUUCUUCUGUGUUUCCACUUGAAUUGAGGAAACAUUCUGCUGUCCAACGUCUCUGUGAUUACUCUUACCUCACCGUCACUUGCAAAGCACGGUACAGUGGGCAUAAGCCAGAAGGUGAAGCUGGUUAUUUUGCCCACCCUGUUGUUGCACUCUGUCGUAAACACUUCUGAAUUCUCCCUUGUAACUAGGUUAGUAACUGAAGAUGUAUUUAAU